CUUUCAAAAGCUGCACCUGGUUGGUCCGAGCAUCUUCUUCCGGCUCCACCCAACCCACACCCACUUACCUGGCUUUAUAAAUUAGGAUAACCACUCUUCACAGUCAAGUGUUGUCAUUGAGAUAUAUCUGUUCGAUUAUGUGGUAAUAGCGUUUGUUUGAAGCUGGUUUUGAGAGUAGUAGUUUUAGUUUUUUGGACGGGGUGUAACUAAAUUAAAUUCUGUUACUCGUUCACCAGACGCGUCUAACGAGGAGAUGGCUAAUUGGAAAAUGCCAGUGAGUUACAAUUUCAACCCAUCUUAUGCUUAUGCUUAUGGGCUCUUGUACCCGCAAGGGUCUGAAGACGGCCACCCGAAUGUGAGCUGGGACGAGGCCGCGUCCACUCACGCCGGCGGGGUCACGGCGAGUUUCUCCGAUCAAACUGACCAGCAGUCGCCACCAUGGAGCCCACAGAACCCCACUGUCAGCAACUAUGGGAACUACACGAGCCACACGCAGAACGGAGGAAUGUUCCUGUCUUCUAACAAUACUGAGGCCGACCCGAAAGGGAAAGAUGCGGAGCAGUGUGGGAGCGAUAUACCCAGUGACUCGGAGGCUCAUACACCAGAUUCAUGGAGCUCUGGGAGCAGUCGAGAGGGGAGCGCUCUGACCAACCUGAAUCUCCCUUGGAGAGAUCAGGGCAAUGAAAUGGACAGUGGGAGUCCUGAUGGGAGAGAACUUGUCUCAAACACUCAGUCCGUGGAGGGAGAGGAUUCAGCAAGUCUGAGUUUGGAUGGUUUGCCUCCAGUGUCCAUGUCCAGUACUCCAGCCCAAACCCGAAAGACCCGCGCAGCCUUUUCUGAAGAGCAAAUGAAUGCCCUAAUCCACCGGUUCAAUGUCCAGAGAUACCUGACGCCUGCAGAGAUGAAGAGUCUUUCUGGAUUGACAGGACUAACGUACAAACAGGUAAAAACUUGGUUCCAAAACCGCAGGAUAAAACUCAAAAGGAACCAAAGAGAUAGUAGUUGGAUGACCGAGAGAUACGUCAUUAAUGGUGUGCCCAACACGCCAGCUCCUCACACUCAGUUUCAGAGCAAUACCCCCCAACCAAACCAAGACCACUACAGUAACCCUCAGUUGAGAGAGGCCAUUUUCAAGAGGAGUCCUCCACAAAUGCCCUUCUACCCCAGCUGCCCACAACCAUGCUCCUCUUCCCUGGUCACCACAAGACCCCCAAGAAUCUGGCCUCUGCCCCCAGAUGUGACACACUACGAGUCCCCUAACUGUACUAGCUACAUGCAAGCCUGUGCCAACGCCAGCAUCAACAAUGAUUGUGGCAAUGCAGUAAACCAAACGAGCAGUUAUUCUCAAAUGCCAGCUGUCCCUAGUGCCACCCAGCGGUCAACGCAAGAGUGACUCUGGCUCUGUGUAUUUGUGUGUGUGUGUGUAUGUGUAUAUAUUUUUUUUCUUUAGCCACACAGCCUAUUGUUUUAACCAUACUUGUAAAUAUAUUUUUUUUAGCAACAAACCGUUGUCCAGUGGGUUCUUUAGGCAGUGAUGUCAGAAGUUGUUAAAUAGUGGCAAAAUGAGACCUGUCUAUUUUUUUUUUUUUACCUUAUAAAGUUCACCUUUUUAAUCCCAGUGCGUUUUAUAACUACAAUGUAACUUUUCAGGGUAUUUAUUAUAUAGAUCCCUUGCUCUUCCAGGUGCUUCUACCUUUUUUGAUUAGUCAGGACAAGUUGGUUUGUCAAUGCAAGCCUGUGGAGUUCCAUGAAUUUGUAUAUAUGGCACUGGUCUACAUCUUAUGUGCACUGGAUAAGUUUGUUUGUACUGCAUUGAGUUAUGUUCUGUUUCAUUCCCUAAAUUUCACUUAUCAAAUGUGUGUUUGCUUGUAUAGAAGAGUCUUCACUAACCUGUGCCUGGUCCGUACUAAUGGAACAACAAUUUCCGAGUUGUAAUUGCCAUUCAAAAGUACUCCUGCCUGAACAAACUCUUCUGUGAGACAUAGGUUUUGAAAAAUAAAUGUU